AUGAAAUUAGGGUGUGAGUGUCCGUAUUGCUCGGCGGCGCAAGGUCGGUGCGCCACUACGACAACCGGCCGUUCCAUAACGGAGUGCACCUCGUGCGGACGUGUCGUCAAGGAGCGCCAAUCCCUAAACCACCACCUCUUUCACAUGCGAGCUCAAGAUACUCCUCUCUGCCUCGUGACCUCCGACAUCCCCGCUCCAGCUUCCGCCUACCAAAUCCACGAAGAUGACCCGUUUCAGCCUACGGGUUUUAUCAAGGCUUUUUCCACGUGGUCCCUGGAGCCCAGCCCAUUCUUCCUCCGGUCCUUUCUCUCUCCUUCGUCAACGUCGUCUUUGACGGUUGUGGUGGAUAAUUUGAGGGCUUAUAUGCAGAUUAUUGACGUGGCGUCUAUUUUGGGGUUGGAUUGCGAUAUAUCGGAUCACGCGUUUCAGUUAUUUAGGGAUUGUUGUUCGGCUACCUGUUUGAGGAACCGGAGUGUUGAGGGGCUUGCUACUGCUGCUCUUGUUCAGGCCGUUAGGGAAGCUCAAAAGCCCCGAACCCCACAGGAAAUCUCAAUUGCUGCCAAUGUACCACAGAAAGAGAUUGGGAAGUACAUCAAGAUCCUGGGAGAAGCUCUACAAUUAAGUCAACAGAUCAACAGUAAUUCAAUAUCAGUUCAUAUGCCGAGAUUUUGCACUCUCAUCCAGCUCAACAAGUCUGCACAGGACCUGGCAACUCAUAUCGGGGAAGUUGUGAUUAACAAAUGCUUUUGCACUCGCCAGAAUCCGAUUAGUAUCUCUGCAGCUGCUAUAUAUCUGGCUUGCCAAUUAGAAGACAAACGCAAGACACAGGCUGAGAUAUGUAAGGUGACAGGUCUUACGGAGGUCACCCUCCGGAAAGUCUACAAGGAGCUAUUAGAGAAUUGGGAUGAUCUACUUCCAUCUAAUUACACUCCAGUUGUCCCUCCAGAGAAAGCAUUUCCCACAACUACAAUUGCCACAGGCAGAACUUCAGUGCCUAGAGUUGAUCCAGUUGAUCUGAGUUCUACAUUGGAUAGAGAUAAGCAGCAAGACUCAAAGCCGAAUAAGUCCAAUGACGUGUCAGAACCAGGGCUUCAGUCUAGAGGCGAAGAGGGUGCAGAAAACAACGGCCAGUUCUUCUGGAACCCAUGCUGCUAUGUUGAACUGGCCACCACAGUUCAAGCAGCCUUGGCUUCAGUUUGGGGCACCAAGUGUUAGGACAGUAGGAGAUAAAA